GUUGACGUCAUUGGUAUGCGACGGCGCUCCAGCAGCAAUGGGAAUAUGCAGGAGGGAAAGAAAAGAGAAAAAGAAAAGAAACGGGGACAUUCUGAUCGAGAGCACAAUGAAGGAGAGCUGAAGAGGAGGACUAUUGAAUCCUGCACGGUGGAGCCUAGAAAGGAGAAGGAGGAGCCCAAGGUUCCUCGUGACCCUAGUGAUCUGGAGGAGGGCGGACUGGACCUAAAUAAGGCAUUCAAACCCAUCAGUGCCUACAUGCAGGACCGCAAGGAGAUGCUGGAACAGUGUUUUCAUGUACUGGGAGAAAAUAAACUCAAAAAGAUGCUGCCAGAUGAACUUAAGGACUGUUCUUUUAAUGAGAUUAAGAAACUGUGCUGGGAUCAGCUGCAGGAACUCUCUGAGAUUCAUCUGCUGGAGAUUUUGGAGGGUAAAGAGUUAUCAGUCUCUGCAGCACCUGAAGUGAAUAACUUAACAGACAGCCAGCAAGACAGUAAUGUGGACUCCACUUCCUCUCUGAGAGAAAAUCCUGAAACAGAAGAAAAACAAGGUGCGGGUUCUGGAGAAGACAGUGAUGUUCUCAGCAUCAAUGCAGAAAUUGACGACAGUGACAUUGAGGGUCAUAAAGUCAUCAAAGCUGAAGAAUCCGUGAUCAGAGAUGAAACUCUGCCUCUCGCCCCAGUCAUGCAGUCAGCUGAGCCGAAAAUGGUGCUUCAGCAGGACAUUGAUAGAAGCGUCAGUGAAAUUCUGGCUCUGACGUCCUCUGAACCCAGCAAAGAUUUGAGGACCGAAUCACUGGAUAAAUCAGCCACGAUAGAAAAUGCUCCGGCAGCUCCAACAGAGCAGCCGUCUGCUCAACAGCUGGAAUUACUGGAGCUGGAAAUGAGGGCAAGAGCCAUUAAAGCGCUCAUGAAAGCAAGUGAGAUCAAGAAGCACAAUAACUGCUAAUUUGUAGAAAGCCAUAGACAUUACAUUUUUACUUAACUUCAUAAUUGCUUUAAAAUGAUUCUCUUUUUGUCCCUAAACACGUUCAGUCCCUAAAAUGUCAGUACAUGAUGGCUUUAGACCCACUUUGAGAAAAUGUGUUAAUUUUGAUAAAAUAAACUGUUUUGUUCUUUGAA